AUGAAACGGAAGGCAUGGAAAGUUCCAGCUGGUUCGAGAGCCGUAGGUAGUAGGCGCGGCCGCGGCCGCAGGGUAAGAGGGGGCCUGCAGCUCCGCUGCCCUUCUCAGCUGAGCACUCGGCGCCGCCCCGCGCAGCAGCUCCCAGGCCCGGGGCCCCAGCAGGGGCAGCUAGCCGCGGGGAGCAGGGCUGUGGAGGGGGCGCGGCGCGGCCGCCUUAAGGAGGGGGCGUGGCGUGCCGAGGGGCGUGGCGACCCGUCUGCGCAGCUGCCAGAGCCUUUAAGCCCGGGCUCGCGCCGCCGGAGUGUGCUUUCGCCGCCCGGGAGCUUUUCGGCCCAGGAACCCGUGAGGUCCUCGCGUUCCCCGCCCCUCCUGCGUCCCGGUGGCUGGCUCGGUCCGGAGUCGCGCGCUGUGCGUUCGGGCAUGCCCCGCUACGAGCUGGCUUUGAUCCUGAAAGCCAUGCAGCGGCCAGAGACUGCUGCUGCUUUGAAACGUACAAUAGAAGCCUUGAUGGACAGAGGGGCGAUAGUGAGGAACUUGGAAAACCUGGGUGAGCGAGCCCUUCCUUAUAAGAUCUCCACCCACAGUCAACAGCACAGCAGAGGAGGGUAUUUCUUGUUGGAUUUUUAUGCACCAACAACAACUGUUGAAAGCAUAAUGGACCAUUUGUCUCGAGACAUUGAUGUGAUUAGACCGAAUAUUGUAAAACACCCUCUGACCCAGGAAGUAAAAGAGUGUGAAGGGAUUGUCCCAAUCCCACUUGAAGAAAAACUGUAUUCCACGAAGAAGAGGAAGUGAGAAGAUCCACCAGAUUUUAGCUUUAUACUUCACUCUCUUUUGAGUACCCUGGAAUAUAAUUUACAAGCUUGAACUUUGUAUGAGAGUGGGUUACAGGUACCAUUUGAUUUUCCUAAGGUAUUUUUAGCUCUUGAUCCCUUUGCAGUGAGAGGUGGGGGAAUGGCUUGCUUAGAGCCACUUUGUAAUCUGUGGUACCAGCACAUCAUUCUUGAUUCUUCAUUAGUGUAAUGUCUUCGUCAGUUAGGACUUUUUGCCCAAGACAACACUCACAUCGUUUUGAAGUGCAACCUUAGAAAAAAACUGUCUUGGAUUUGUGAGCUGGUCAUUCAGACUGUAUGACCAUGCAAAAUAAAAUUUUAAGACCUCUGUAUUAUAUGAAUAACUCUGAGUCAGAGUAAUAAACGCAAAUUUCAGAAACCUUGAGAA